CCUUGGUGUCACUCGUGUGAAUCUGAUUUUUGGCGAUUGGCGAUCCAUUGUUCUCCCUUCAAAAGUGGUGAGAUCCAGCGGAGUCUCCAAGUCCGAGAGUCCGACAGACACUGUGAGAUAGAGUGAGACUAUAAAACACUCGGCAGAGUCAUGUUUUUCCUGCCCUUCCAGACUUUCCACCUGAUCGCCUCAGAAUCCAAUCAUCUGUCGAUAUACUGGCCACUACCCCCCGUCAAGAUCCCCUUUCAGCACUACAUAUCAUGUCAAACACUAGUGAAGCGCCGCUCUACAAGAGCACUGUGUUCAGUACGACAUCUGGUCAAUGGCUAGACACGGAACAAGGUCAAACGCUGUACGCGAAGUAUUAUGAUGGAUCAGUAGACACCAAUGGCCCUAUCGCUUAUGUGUCGAGUUCUCAGCAGUUCAAGCAUUCGACCGCACCUACGCGAACGCGCACCAACUCUUCAGGAUCCAUCAUAAUCACCGAGCGGGUAGAGAAGAAGUGACCUGCAGUGAUGUUACGAGGGACGGAUAAGAGCUCUGUCCCGGCCGAGGAUGGUCUUGGCAAGGUCUAGAGAACAAUAAGCACCAAUGUCCAUAAGCAUGGACCUUCGACCGAGCCAGGAUCGUAUAUAGAGGUACUGCAGGUCUGGCGAGAUCGAU